AUGUCUUCUAAUCUAAUCGACACUACUUGCGCAAAGAACACUUCUUCGGCCACUCUCACGGUCGCAACAUCCUCCAGGCUAUCGCUUCUCCGGAGGGGCAACACCGAUUGGGAGUCCUUCACACCCCUUCGGGACAAUAUGGCCUAUCGCCGGCAUGCUCGGCAGCGCACUACUCUGGCCGAACCGGCUAACGCCCCGGCCGCCCCUGUCCCUGCUCGAGCGGCGGCCCUACCCAAGAUUUCUUUCAGACCUCCAGCGGCUGCUCCCUCAAUCAGCCAGCGGACUCGCUCGCGGGCCGCCUAUAUGGGCCUUCAAGCUCCGCCCGAACCUCGGGGCUGCCGGUCAAAAGGCAUGUUGGGGUCAAACCUCUCCUCAGUUGAAAUCAUCAAGAAAAUAACUAAGUAUCAUUUUUCUGGCGGACUGACUAAGUCAACAGUUUAG